AGCAAAAGCUAGUCUCCUUCAUGUAACAGCUGUUGCGGGAACCAUGGCAGCCACUUCGUUCAACUCUUUGCCUCUGUUCUCUCUCUCUCGCUCCGGCCACCGAAACUUCAUAUACGAUCCAGUAUCCAGUUCCUUGUGUUGGGUUGCACACUGUUUUGAAAGUUCUGAUUUUUGCAUGAUUCAGGAGUAACGGAAAGAAGGAAACUUUAAGGAAAAUAGACAGAGUUUUCGUGUUUAGCACCAUGGAGAAGUCUGACUUUGACCUGGACCUCAUUGGCAUUUCAGGAUUGCCCACUGGAGAAUUUUCCAACAAAGAUGAAUGAUGAUAAAAACACUGAACCAGUGACUAAUUUAAGCCUCGCUCAGGGUCAUUCCAAUCAGUGCAUUCAGAGAAUUUUGAACAAUGAGGAUCCAGGUGCAGGUGCAAAUGCAGCUUCAAGGGUAGACAUGACAUUUGUGGCCACCGACCCCCUGUCCGAAUUGGUUUGGUCUCCCCAGAAAGGUUUGAGUCUUAGAUGUGCCGAUGGAAGUUUCUCCAACAAGAAACCCUCUCUUUUAUGGGGUGUGGGAUCUACCAAAAUGGGAAGUGGAUCUAGUUCUGAUAUGCCUACCUCUAAUAAUAACAAACCUAUCAAUGAAAAAGAUUUUAUGGGAUCUCUAGCAGCACGAAAUAUUGGCAGUGAAGUGGCAGGAGGAGAUAAUUACAUUAUAUCUCCUACAAGCAAUGCAGGUAUCAUGCCAUUGAGUGGAUCAAGUCAUGAACUCAGGACAGCUGGUGAUCAGGCAGAGGAAAUGAAAAAUGCAACGGACAUUUCUUUCCUACAGAGAGAGGAUCGAAAUAAUAAAGACAAAACCGGACUGGAAGUGGUACAAAAUAAUCAAAAGGAACCUAUUGGCAGCGCUACAAAUGUUGGUGAUAGGAAUCAUGCUUUAGGAAUGGAAAUUGUUUUGGCCUCUGAAAUUCAUAGUGUAAAACAAUGUGAAGCUUAUGAUACUAAAAUGCAGAAUAAAGGAAAAGGACUCGAAGAAUCAACUUCAGUUAUAGGCAAAGAAAGCAAAAAUACAAUUGUCAUUGAGGCCCCUGGAACUUUUCCCUUGGAAAGAUUGGAGUCGACUGCUGAGAAUGAUUUAGAAAGUCCACUUGGUGAAAAUGUUUAUGAUCGGACAACUAGGAUUGUACCAUUGGAAUCUGCUGAUAGAGGUGAAAUUAACACUCGGCAGAAUAAUGAGUUACUUCCCAUAGACCUGGCAGUUAAACAGUCUCCCACUAACAGAAGAAUCCAAAGGGACAAGAAAGGCAAAUGUAAGGCCUUAUCUGAUGGAGAUGCAAAUGAAAUCAUGUUAAAUGAGGAGGAUGGGAGCCACGAGAGUGUUGAAAGCUGCAACAGCGCUGGGCUAUUUUCAACUGGAAAACGGCCAUGGAACUUUGAGCAACAAUUGAUUGUAGGGAGCAAAAGAGUAAAAAGGCAAAUCCAAGAAAGUCCUAGUUCUUCAUUAAUCAUCAAACAAGAUAGCUCAUUCAUGAAUUGGAUCUCAAACAUGAUGAAGGGUUUCUCGAAAUCAAGUAAAGGAGAGGUACCUUCUCUUUCUCCUGCCCUUGCAAAUUGCAGUAACAGACAUGAUAAUCCUGAUCAGAAUCUUAUUACAUGCAACAGAAACGAAGAUACUGGGUCCAAAACUAUAGGAUUCCAGUCCAUUUUUCAGUCCUUGUAUUGCCGAAACACAAAAGUGCAAGAAGUUGCCUCAUCAAAUAUUGAUCAUCCAACAGAAGGAUUGAAAGAACAGGAGCUGGAUAACAAGAUAUGUGAUUUGAAUGCUACUCCAAUAGCUUGUCGUUUGAAGACUGGUAAUGUUUACAAACGGUUUCUGCCAUCAAAUGAUAGAUUCAAUGAGUCUGCAUCUGGCAGUCAAGCAAGUCCAGUGAUCCAUUGUAAAGAUUUAGCUAUGAACUUUGCUGUCAUUCAGGAAAACAACAGGAGUAACUUGUUAGUGAACAAAAGUUCAUGCAAUUUGGCAACUGAUAAGGGGAAAGAUGGAACAAGCUCCAAUUCUUCUCGGGAUAAACAUAAGAAAUACAGUUUUGAGAAAAUUGAUUGUGGACCACCAUUUGAAGGAAAGACAGCCUGUAACUUUGGUCCCAAAGGUGAUCCAUUGGAAAGUUUGUGGAUAGCUCGGUUUACUCCAAAAACUUCUGGUCCUUUGUUGAACCAGGAUCCUUCCAACAAAAGUACUGGUGAGGCUCUUGACUGCUCUUCUGAUGACCAGAGGCAGAAACCUCAAGUGCAGAACCCUCUUUGUUCGUUUGAUGAACAUGAAAAUGAAGAGCCUCUGCAUGAGGGAAAUAGUGGUACUGCUGCUGAGUCUUUAUUUGGUCCCUAUAGAAUCAAAGAAUUCCAUGAUGAGAAGUCCAUGUAUAAACAAAACCCUACCAAACCUUCUCCAAGCUUGAAAAAUUCAGAGGCAAUGGCUUCUGUCUUUGCUAGGCGAUUGGAUGCCCUCAAACACUUAACGCCAUCAAAUGAACCAGAUCAUGCAGCUCAUGCAACUGUGAUCUGCCUUUUUUGCGGCGUAAAGGGUCACCAAUUGCAAGAAUGUUCAGAGAUAACUGAUACGGAGCUUGAAGAUAUUCUGAGAAAUAUGAAUUCAUAUAAUGAUGUAAAAGAACUGCCUUGUGUUUGUAUCAGAUGCUUUCAGCUCAAUCACUGGGCUGUUGAAUGUCCCAUUGCAUGCUCAAGAGUGAGGAAUCAAACAGAAUGUGAUGCAUCUUUGGUCAACCAAUGCCGUCCUAGCAAAAUGCAGCUUGAUGCAAGAAAUGAAGACCAUACAAAGAUAAAAGAAAUUGCUGCUGGUUCACUUGCACUUUGUGAUAGGCAUGAUUCUAGAAUGGAGAAAGAUCUGAAUUUGGCCUGGAAAUUGAAUGAAGCUGCUAAUUCUGGAGAAAUGAAAUUGAAUGCAAAACUUGUUGGCAAAGAAAUUGCUUCAAGUUCCAGGGAGAAAAAGUUGAAAGAAAACCUAGUGGCACCUUUAUAUGAAUCUAGCAAUAGCCAGAUAUCUGAUGUACCAAAUGGAAUCUUUGAUGCCAUAAGAAAGCUUCGUUUGUCCAGAACAGAUAUUCUCAAAUGGAUGAACUCCCACAUGCCACUCUCACAUCUUGAUGGUUUUUUCCUGCGCUUGCGGCUCGGAAAGUGGGAAGAGGGACUUGGGGGAACUGGAUAUUAUGUAGCCUGCAUUACUGGAGCACAAAUGGAUAAUUCGCCACAGAAAUCCAAAAAAUCUAUCGGUGUUGAUGUAGGUGGAAUCAAAUGUCUAGUUGAAAGUCAGUAUGUCUCCAACCAUGGAUUCCUUGAGGAUGAGCUUGUGGCGUGGUGGUCUGCUACCUCAAGGAGUGGCCACAAGUUGCCUUCCAAAGAAGAGUUAAGAUUGAAAGUUGAAGAGAAGAAAAUGUUAGGAUUUUAGGCAAAACUUAUUUGCAGAUGAUAGUUCCAAGUAGUUUGGAGUCAAUUCUUACACAAAUGUAAAGUUACAAGGAUGUCAAAGGUGAGCCAUGUUUGAUCAAACAUUUAACAGUUGAUCCAAUGGCCGAAGGUUAGUAUGCAUAAGCUUAAACAGUCGACAAAUCAUCAUCGUUGCAAGACUGUCCAUCAAAUCAAAGCUAUGAACCCAAAUCAAAGAGACAACGACUAGAAUCGAAAACAACGUACGUGCAUAUAGAAGAAAAAAGCCAGAAAGUAGAUAUGAACAUGUUAAAAUAUAAAUAUAUGUUAAGCUCUAAGCUGAAUAAGAUUUGACAGAUAUGAUGAUGGUGAUAUUAAUUUAUCAUGUAUAAUUUAUUAAUCAUUGUUCAAUAUUUCUAUUGAAUAAAAGAAAAUCCCUUUUUCUUGAAA